GUAAGCUGUGUGGGAACACGAGGAGCUGAUGCCCCUACCAGGCCUGUGGCAUGAUUUUGCCUGACAAGGAAAGAUGAUUUGGAACAACACCACUAUGGACGGGGAAGGGUUGCUUGUGAAAAGAGAUUCCUGCUUCCGAAUCCUCACUGGCUGCUUCCUCUCCUUGCUGAUCCUUUCCACACUCCUAGGCAACACCCUGGUCUGUGCAGCUGUCAUUAGGUUUCGCCACCUGAGGUCCAAGGUGACCAACUUCUUUGUGAUCUCUCUGGCAGUCUCAGAUCUUUUAGUUGCUGUCUUGGUCAUGCCCUGGAAAGCUGUGGCUGAGAUAGCUGGAUUCUGGCCUUUUGGAUCAUUCUGUAACAUCUGGGUGGCAUUUGACAUCAUGUGUUCCACGGCCUCCAUCUUAAAUUUGUGUGUCAUUAGCGUGGACAGAUAUUGGGCCAUCUCCAGCCCGUUUAGGUAUGAGAGGAAAAUGACCCCCAGGGCAGCCUUUGUCAUGAUCAGUGUGGCGUGGACCUUGUCUGUGUUGAUUUCCUUCAUCCCUGUACAACUGAACUGGCACAAAGCUAAAACCAGAAGCUUUUCAGACUUAAAUGCCAGUUUCCAAGGUGUGGCUAUGGACAACUGCGAUUCCAGUUUGAACAGGAUGUAUGCCAUCUCUUCCUCCCUUAUUAGUUUUUACAUCCCAGUGGCCAUCAUGAUAGUCACCUAUACGAGGAUAUAUAGGAUUGCUCAAAAGCAAAUACGACGUAUAUCAGCCUUGGAACGAGCAGCGGUGCAUGCUAAGAACUGUCAAACCACUGCUGGCAACAGGAACAGUAUGGAUGGCCAACAACCAGAAAGCUCCUUCAAAAUGUCCUUCAAGAGAGAGACUAAAGUUUUAAAGACUUUGUCAGUGAUCAUGGGAGUGUUUGUAUGCUGUUGGCUGCCCUUCUUCAUCCUGAACUGCAUGGUGCCCUUUUGUGAGUCCAGUAUCUCAUCCCAGGGAGCAGAGCCAUUUUGUAUAAGUUCUGCCACAUUCGACGUUUUUGUUUGGUUCGGAUGGGCCAAUUCUUCCUUGAACCCGAUCAUUUAUGCCUUCAAUGCAGAUUUCCGCAAGGCGUUUUCCACUCUUCUUGGCUGCUAUAGACUCUGUCCUUUCUCCAUUAAUGCGAUAGAGACAGUUAGUGUCAACAACAAUGGGGGUAUGGGUUUUUCCAGUCAGCUUGAACCAAGAGGUUCUAGCCCCAAAGAGUGCAAUUUUGUCUAUUUGAUUCCCCAUUCGGUCCUCCGCCCGGAAGAAGAAGGCAUAAUGAAAAAAGAAGAGGAGGGAGUAUUCUCUAAAACCUUGGAAAAAAUUUCUCCAACCCUCUCAGGUAUUUUGGAUUUCGAGGCUGAUGUGUCUUUGGAAAAGAUCACUCCAAUCACGCAAAAUGGCCAGCAUAAAACCUGAGGUGUAAAGUUGACUCAUUAAAAAAAAAAAAAGAUCAUUUGAGAAAGAUUUUCAACUUUUUUUGUCUGUUUUUAGUAAGAAGGUGUGCUAUUGUGAGAAUCAAAGCCAUCACAUAAAAUCCAGAACUUAAUCAGCUGCUGUUUGACAAAAAACAUAAAAUUUAAAAAAGAAUUCCACCUUUCAUACAUUGUAUUUAAAGAUUGUUCUGUGUUGUUCAUCUUGAAUGGAAAUGAAUCAAAUAUGUAGGUACGGUGUAGCUGCAAAAAAAAAAAAAAAAGAAAAAAAAAGUUUUAAGUGGAUACAUGUUUGCAGAAACAGACCUGGAGAAAUUAAUUUUAAUUCUCUGUGUGAAUAAAAUGUAAUAGAUUUAUAUGAGAUUCCCAUUUGACUUGCAUAGUCAUUUGUGGGUGUUUAUACAUUGCAAGAAAAAUUUGAUAACUUGCCAGAUUAGGUGGAUGCCUUUUAAAACAAUUUUGAACAUCAAUACAGCCUUAUAAUAAGAAUGGGAUAUUUUUAAUAGUAGGAAGAUUAUGUGUCAAUAUUGGCUUUCUUUAUUUAUUAUUUAAUUGGGUAUUUUUUCAUAUGUUUAAACAAAACACAACUUUAUCUUAUUUUAAUAUGUGUCAGAACAAAAUAGGAUAUUUGUAUGUAUGGUGUUAUUCAUUGCAUUUUUGAUCUGUUUACUAGUCAGCACUUUAUGAAGAAGAAAAAAGGGAGAAUUUACAGCUUUGUCUAGCUAACUUUGGAACUUGUAGGUAUUCCAAACGCAGCAAAAGGGAUAAAUCUCCAGUACCUUUUGCUGCACAAAAAGAGAGGGAGGUGUUUUGUGGGUUCUUUCUGAAGCAGAAGAUCAGAAUCACUUGACGACAAGUUAUACAGACUGUGACCUUCUAGAAAUAAAAUGUGUAGCUGUAGUUUUAUUUUCAAGUUUCAGUCUGUGUCAACUUUGCUUGAAUGCCAGCAUGUGAAGCUGUAGAUAGCAUAUUGAUCUAAAAGGAAUACCAAUGAAAAAUGAACACUAAUUUAAAGAUAGGGUGAGCUAUGAAAUAAAACAUCACCUAUAUUUGCUAUUUCGAAGAUGAACUAAUCCUCUUAGAUUUCUCUUAUUUCAAAUUUCUUUUUGGCGGGGGUGGGGGGAGAAUAAUUAACCCCUUUCACAAUGGGAGGGUAGAUCUAUCCACCAAUAUUCUCCGUGAUAGUUAAACAGAGCUUCAAAUUGUGCAGGCAUAUGCCAGGGAGAAGAAGGGCUGUUCUUAUGCCAGCUUCCAUAUGCCUCUGCCCUGCUACUGUGAGAAUGCAAUGCCACUUAGUCUGAUCCAGAAAACUAUUCUGUGCUCUUAUGAAAUGGGUACCAAAAAAAAAAAUCAGCAUAGGAAUGCUAGUACCCUGUGGAAGCAGCACAGUUUGUCUUAAAUCUGCUUGUUUUAAUUUUCACUUUUGUUCACUGCUCCUUACAUAGAAAAUAGUGCCUCGUUCUGAUUUUGGAUUCUCACAAAAUGAAAAGAACAACAAAACUCCUCCUCACUUUCCUGCAAGUUCCUAGAGUGGCCAAAAUUUGCUUUCCUUUUGCUCUGUGGAAACCAAAAUUCCUCCCACAGUCCCUUAAUCAUAUUAAAUAAAAAUAAUGAAUGUUAAAGCUACGAAAGUAAUUUACAAACAUGUGUAUUAGAUAGUGAUGAUGAUUGAAUGAUGGCAAAAACCCUUCAGAGUUUGGAACAAAAUACACCAUCCAUUGAGACGUAGUCAGAAAAGGAGAAACGUAAGAGAUAAAUUAGGUCCACAAAAA